AGCCAUCUUGGAUGUGCGGAGUGAUUGUUUAGCGAGAAGAAUUGUGAAAAUUUUUAGAAAAUAAGCCUUUAUACUGAAUCGCUGAAGAUUUACCAGAGUGGGGCGACUGAGGAAAGGAAUCGUAACUCGGAAACAUCCAGUGAAAGAAGGCAUGAAGACAACAUCCUAGUCAUCAGUCAUGGCCGAUAAAAGGAAACUUCAAGGUGAAAUAGAUCGAUGUCUGAAAAAAGUAGCGGAGGGAGUAGAACAGUUUGAAGACAUCUGGCAAAAGCUUCACAAUGCAGCCAAUGCCAACCAGAAGGAGAAAUAUGAAGCAGACCUCAAGAAAGAGAUUAAAAAGCUACAGCGUCUUCGAGACCAGAUCAAGACGUGGGUGGCAUCCAACGAGAUCAAAGACAAAAGGCAGCUAGUGGAGAACCGCAAACUCAUAGAAACGCAAAUGGAGCGGUUCAAGAUCGUGGAAAGAGAAACCAAGACAAAAGCCUACUCGAAAGAAGGGCUGGGUCUGGCUCAGAAGGUGGACCCGGCCCAGAAGGAGAAGGAGGAGGUCGGGAUGUGGCUGACGAAUACGAUAGACAUGUUAAACAUGCAGGUGGACCAGUUUGAGAGCGAAGUGGAGUCUCUGUCGGUCCAGACGAGAAAAAAGAAAGGAGACAAGGAGAAGCAGGACCGGAUCGAGGAGCUGAAGAAGUUCAUUGAGAAGCAUCGAUACCACAUCCGGAUGCUGGAGACGAUACUGAGGAUGCUGGACAACGACUCAGUGCAGGUGGAAGCCAUCAGGAAGAUCAAGGAUGAUGUGGAGUACUAUCUAGACUCGUCGCAGGAUCCAGACUUCGAGGAGAAUGAGUUUCUGUACGAUGACCUAGAUCUGGAGGACAUUCCUCAGUCGCUGGUCGCCACCUCCCCACCGGGACACUCGCACUUGGAGGACGAGAUCUUCCAGCACUCCAGCAGCACACCCACCUCCACCACCUCCUCCUCACCCAUCCCCCCCUCACCUGCCACUUGCACUACGGAGAACUCGGAGGACGACAAGAAGAGAGGACGUUCAACAGACAGUGAAGUUAGUCAGUCACCUGUGAAGAACGGAAACCCCUCCUCCUCGUUAUCCUCUUCCUCCUCCUCCUCCUCCUCCUCUUCCUCCUCCUCCUCCUCCUCCUCCUCCUCUUCUUCCUCCGUCUCAGGACUGACCUCAUCCUCACUGGUCUCUAUGGCGACCAUCGCUGGGGGAGGAAGCAGUGGCUCUGGGGGCAACAGUCAUCAUGGCAACUCUGGUGUUCUCCUCUCCAACACUUCCGCUGGCAGCUACAGCAACGCCACCCAGCAGCAGCCGCACCCGUCAGCACAACAACAACAGGCCAAAAACUCAGUGAGCUCCUCCUCCUCAGCUCCCAUCACCAACCCCAGCACCUCCACCAACAGCCACCCCGCCUCCUCGGCCUCUUCUCCCCCCAACGCCAGCACACAGGGGCUUAUGACUUCAAACCUCCAGCCCCUGACUCCAUCGGGACCCACGCCGACCUCCAACAGCUUCGGCCUCGGGCUGGGCCUCUCUCUGGGCAAAGGCGGCAUGUCCGGCUCCAUCACCACCAGCCCGAUGUCCGGGGGCCUCGGUUUGUCAGGGAUGCCGGCAUCCCUGAGCACCAUGGCAGGCCUUCUGUCCAGCUCCACUCCGGCACCCUACGCUCAGGCAGCUGCCUCGGGCACGGUCGGCUCUGGCUUACCGGGCUCCUUGGGAGGCAUCAGCACCACGUCGACCAACAGCGCAGUGGGCUCCAUUGGCAGUGGAAGCAUCACAGUCGGCGGGCCGACAUCUACAACGGCAGGUCUGCUGGGUGCGGCGGUGGGGGUGACCGGCAUCGGCUCGGGGAUUCUGGGUUUGGGUUCAAGUCAGUCAGGAGUGCAGGGGUCCUCUCUGAUGUCACCGAGCCCGGUAGGAAGCCUAGCCCCAGGAAGCGGAGUGGGAGUCAUCGGGAGCAACGGAGGCAGCUCGGGCUCUGCAGGGAGCGGAGUGGUGGGAGGAAACUUGUCGCUCUCUGUCAGACCGCCAAGCCGGCAGAAGCAGAACGGUAGCACUAGUUACAGUGCUGUGGUAGCAGACAGCACAACAGAGUCCGCCCUCAACAGUGCCAGCCAAUCACAAAGCAGCCAACCCUCGUCUUUGACCUCCACAGCCAAUCAGCCUAAGGACCCUGGUCCCAGUUUACUGGGCUCUAUGAGUUUGUCGUCCAGCUCUCCGUCGCCGGCCUCCUACAGCGAGGCCAAAACGCAGAGCAGCGGCAGCCUGCUGAACGGGCCACUGUCCUAUUCACAGUCCUCCGAAAGCAUUAAGCCGCAGGAGCCUCUGAGCAGCCUGAAGUCCAUGGCCGAGCGAGCAGCACUAGGCUCAGGGAUGGAGGGAGACGUGCCUUCCCUGCACCUCACCCCAGACAUCUUCCCCAGCAGCACUACGGCCCCCUCGGGCCCCCCAUCAGCACCUCAGCCCUCGCUGUCAGAGGUCAGCAUCCCCCCGUCAUUGGGGGUCUGCCCGCUGGGGCCCGUUCCCCUGUCCAAAGACCAGCUCUACCAACAGGCCAUGGAGGAGGCGGCGUGGACGCACAUGCCCCACCCGUCCGACUCCGAGAGGAUCAGGCAGUACCUGAUGAGGAACCCAUGUCCCACCCUGCCUUUCCACCACCAGGUGCCACCGCCCCACUCUGACACUGUAGAGUUUUACCAGAGGCUUUCUACAGAAACGCUCUUCUUCAUCUUUUACUACCUGGAGGGCACUAAGGCCCAGUAUCUGGCAGCCAAAGCCCUGAAGAAGCAGUCGUGGAGGUUCCACACAAAAUACAUGAUGUGGUUUCAGAGGCACGAAGAACCCAAGACCAUCACUGAUGAGUUUGAGCAGGGAACGUACAUUUACUUUGACUAUGAGAAAUGGGGCCAGCGGAAGAAGGAGGGUUUCACGUUUGAGUACCGGUACCUAGAAGACCGAGACCUCCAGUGACCUGCAGAGCGAGACGUGGACGGACGGACGGACGGACAGAUGGCUGAGAAAGUGAGAGAGAGGAACGGGUGGACGGAGAAAAAAAACAAACAAACGAAUGAAUUAACGAAGAAGGGCGGGUCCACCUGCUGACAUUCCUGGAUUGACCUCAGCUCGUCAAAGGGGAAAGGAGACGUUUGGGCCGGACGGGGGGGCGAGCGGGUUCUCAAAGACACCUUUGAAACCCCUCCCUCCCUCUGACCCUCCAAACCCGCCUCAUCAUCCUCAGUGAUUAACUCCUCCCACCCUGUCCUCCCUCCUCCUCCUCUUCCUCCUCCUCCUCCUCCUCCUGCUCCUCCUCCAUCAUCAGGCCUUUUUAUUUCCAUCUUUUCUUGAACUGGAACUUUUCUUUAAAACAACAAGAAGACUUUGGUUUGUUUUGGCAGAUAAGACACAAAAACAAAAAAAAUCACACCUAAUACCCAGACUAUCAUGUGCUUUUCCCUCUCUGUGUUCUCCUGUUAUGUUAGCUUUAAAAGCUGUUGCUUCUUUUAGCCCCUGAAGAACCAAAGAUCAUUGGUUAAACACACAGUACGGGCUCUGUCCCCUUUCUAAACUAAACCUGAAGAGGGAGCUAACGUAGAUGGUCCGGAACCACAACCCUAAAUCAGUGCUGCACCAUGUCACGAACGCUGGACGUGUAACGAUGCAGCAACAUGGCGGUAAUCAGGCGAAUAAUGAGACUUUACACUUUUGUGAAUCAGGUGAGGAGUGAAAAUGGAGGAGGAGGUGGUGAGAGAGGGCGUGAACUGACUUGAGAUCAGUCAGCCACAGGAACUUAGUGACCCACAACCUGAGCUUGUAAGAACGCAUAGGUUUAACCAGCACAAAUUGAAUUUACACUUCUGCACAUUAAAUAUUAGAAUCAGAAUAUCCUUCUUUAUCUGAACAUGUCCUGUGCCAUGUUUACCAAAACGUAGGCUCAGGAAGUCGGCCUCAAUAAAUGCAGAAGCCGUCAUAAGCACAUCUUAAGUCAUGAAUGGAUAAGAGAAGUGUUUAUAAAGAGUUUCAUCUAUAAUUGGCCAAAAACUGAAUGUGGUUCGGUGCGAGACGAGGUCACAACGUGAAGCUCAGUAACGUCGUCCUCCUGCCCUGCCGCUGCCACAACAAGGGCUUGUUGAGCUUCAUCUCUCCAACACUGAUGAGCCUUAAAGAAGCCGACCUUUCAACAAGUCGACCUGCCUGUCUGCCUUCACCUAGCCUGACUGCCGUUAGACCGAGCUCCAACCUUUACUGUCUGUUCCCCAGGGUGGAACACAGACACACAACCACCAGCCACAUGUAAGUAAAUGUUGGUUGUGGGCGGCGGCACUACCACAGGCCUCUCGUUCACACUUAACUGUCUCUCAGAGGCCCCGAUGCUGUUGUCGGUUGUAUUCUUGUGAAGUGUUAAAGUGGCUGGUUGAUUUUUUUGUGAAUCUGCCGGCCGCUGUGCUCUAAAAAUAUCCCGCCCUGCCUCCUCCCAUCGCGCCACAGUGGAGGAGUGUGACAGCGCAGCCAGCGAGGUGUUGGUAGUAACUGUCUUUUACCUGGUGGGCAGUGUUAUGUCACAGUUUGGUUUUGAAACAGGAUCAUACUUGGAAGACUAGAAUCUAUUUCAGAACUUAAGUUAAAACUCCAGCAGCUCAUGUCGUUAAAGGGUCAGUUCGUUCAGAUCGCAUCAAAUAACGCUCUCAUGUUUCUCUGACAGGAUCCAGUCGUGCAGAUAGUUUUUUUUCUCUUGAGCCACGUCUCGAGGUAUUUCUGUGAUUUCUGCCUCCGUUCCAACUCAAUGGGGGUGAAUGUAAUUUUAUUUGUGGCAUUCACAGCAUUGAAAACUUAAACAGCAACAUCUAUCAACAGAAGCAGUGCCCCCGUUACUCUGGAAGGAACCCACAGGCCUCCCUGUUUCACAGCCAAUCUCAAAAAUAGUCCCUGUGAAAAGCGUUUUGGAUCUGUGGGAGAUGUUGAUAGAGAUUUCUUUUUUAAGUUAUUUUUAAGAGGCACAAACUAAAUUCUUCUUUUUUAAAUUGAAUUCAGGUGUAAGAGUUAAACAGCUGAUUACCUGAAACUUCAUGGACAGAUACCUGAAACCAUCAGAUCAACCCACCUACAAUGAUCAUUUGGCUUUUUACGGCGUCAGAAAUAUGUUUUUUUCUGACAGUAGCUCCUCAUCUGUCACAGCUGUAAUUCCUGGCUGUUUGACAGAUUUUCUCCCUGGUUAAUUUCUGCAGUGGAGACACAUUUAUAUCCUCCUGCAGGUUAAACUGUGCUAACGAAACAGGCCAAGAGACUCUGAAACAAUCGCUAAAAACUGACUUAAAAACACUUGCUAGCCUAGCAACAUUAAGGCUUAAAACAACCCAUAAUUAAAUGAAUAUAUAAGAAUGAAAAUAUAAGAUGAUCCCACUUUUUAAAACCUAAUUUCCACAAUCAUCUUAAUUGGUGAUCUCCAGACAAACUUGUCUUUGUGCUGCAGAAGAAGAAGCUUUAGUUGCUGCUUCAUGAACAUCUCAACAUCUGGACAAGUGAAACUAAAUCUGCUCGACUUGAUUCCUCCAGAGGUUAAAGAAAAAACACGAGGGUUUUUCGGUGUGAACUGAUCCUUUAACCACUAAAGCUCCGGCAGUGAUCAGUGUGAGCGUCGUGGGUGUUGGAUGCUGCCAGCAGCUGGACGGACAGUUUGUUAGUCUCCCUGCUCCCUCCCUUCUUCCUCUUCCUCCUCCUCCUCCUCCUCCUCUCUGUGCUGAAGAGCACAAACAGAGCAACACCAGCACUGCUGCCCACAUGUCCUCCUCUGUCCUCCAGCUCCCUGCUCUGUGUUUACCCUCUGCAGGGUUCGACUGAGCCGACCGGGUCCCACAGUAAACGCACACCGCGGUUCCCUCCACCAACAAGUCGUGGGUCUAUACCUUCUUUUCUUUUUAUUUUCCUCACCGUGCGUCCUGCUGCCAACACACCGCAGCUUAUUUUGUCUUUUGUUGUUUGGUUUUUUUGUUUACAUUUGGAUUUUGAUUCAGUUUUCUCACCCUCCUCCUCCACUCUCUAUUUUUCUCUCUCUCGCUCUCUCUCGCUCUCUCUCUCUUUCUCUUUCUCUCAGCCGGCCAGCUCCCCCCUCCCUCCUCCCCCCUCCUCCUCUCUUCACGCCAGGUAGAUAUUUCCUUUGUUUCUCAGGAAGUAUUUGAUAGAUCAUUUUAUGAGGAAAUGUAUCCGCCAGCAGCUCCUGUCGCCACAGCACAAAUAAAUAAUCCCCACCAAAUUCUUUUUUUU